AUGGUUACAAAUAUUGAAGUUACCAUGAGUGAAUAUCGACUCCCCAUAGAGCUCACCAUGCAGGUGAUCUCCUAUCUCAUUGACGCAGGCGUCGACCCUGCCCCCUAUGCCACUGUCAGCCGAGAGUGGCAGAUGCUCAUUGAGCAGCGCAUCUUCAACACCAUCAAUCUGAAUACAAGUAAGCAGUUAGCAGCGUUUAAGCAGAUUGUGGCUCAAAACACGCGACGAAAGACAUGUAUCCGCAAGAUCAAGCUGGUUGUAGAGUUGGAACCAUAUAGCAUUGAGGCUCGUGCAGAGUUCGAGACUGCGGAGGAGCACCGCCGGAAUAAUGGAAUUUUCGUUCCAGCAAUCCAGUCGCUGUUUAGCAUUCUUAAAUCUUGGCCUGAAAAUGAGCCGGGUAUCAAUCUAUCAAUCGAAGUAAUGUCUCCUAGCGAUAUUGUGGAUCGUCAACGGGCGAGACAGGCUCGCAAAGAUCCAGAGACAGAUCUUUGGCAGCGAAGGUUUGAGAGGAACUACAGCCGGCAUGCUGUUUACAUUAAUCUUGAAGAAAGGAGCUUUCCGUGUAUGUUCGUGUGUCAACAUGUGUGGUCGGUCACGUGCUUCCGUGACCAACAUAGGGCUUCGGCCCGUGACAUCAAGAAACUUUAUCUUAUGUUUACUGGUUAUGCUCCUGUAAAUCAGGACUUUGCUCCUACUAAUCUACAGCUUACCUCCUUGUGCCUUGACUAUACUAUAGUAGGGAAAGAACUCUUCUGGCCUAUUAAUCCUACAGAUAAUAUGAAGCUCCCCACCUGGCUAAACCUGAUCCAUAUUCACCUGCAGUGUGGGAUGACCACCCCAUCUGGAGAAUGGUUAUAUGAACGAGAUCCAGAAGAGGUCGAAUUCGACCCGAACGUUGACCCUGAGGAAGACCUCCCAGAGCAUAAGAUGCGAGCGCCAGAGGAUCGUGUUUCGAAUACAUUCCGAUUAAAAGCAUCACCUACGCUGUGCAAUGGAUUGUACAUGUCCUCGGCCCGUGCGGCACAGCGGAUGCCCCGGCUCAAAUUUAUGUCUAUCCGUACUACAGAGGCUCAUUACGAACUAUCCUUCGAGUAUAAGGUCGAUGGAACGACUGCGAAGGCAACCUGGGACUGCUGGAAACUGUUUACGCUAGAUGAGCCGGUAUUGAAGGCUUGGAAAAAUGCUGCCUUUCAGCACACAGGGGUGGAGUUGGAAGUACAGUUGACACAUUGGGAGAACCCUGUUUAA